AUGCAGAUCAAAUCCCUUCUCAUCGCCGCUGCGGCUGCCACAACUACCCUCGCCAACCCACUCCUAGGGCUGGGACAGUCGACAGUCCCAGGAUACCCAUGGGGUCUUGGGUCCUGCCUCACCCGCCAACAAGCAACGUGGAUUGUCCAGCAGUUCAAGUCCGUCAUCACCAACCCCAACCGAGACGCCGCCGUCAAGCUCGCCUCUGUACUCCUGGACGACAGCUUCUCAGAGACUUCUGACAGCAUCAACGUUCUCGCAGGUCAUCCUCAAGGCUCAGUCACCUAUGACGACAAACAAACCUAUCUUACCGGUCUUCGUGGUGCACCUCCUAUCCCCUCCAUAACAGACUACGACAUAUUAGCGGGCUGCGAUAGCAUUUACUGGUUUUGGUUGGCUGAUGGCAUUGGACGAGACAUCUCGCCUGUCAAGGGCUUCAACCGAUUCCGAGUGAAUCCAAAAACAGGAGAGAUCAAGACUGUGGAGAUCGAAUUCAAUAGCAUUGCUUGGGGUCGUGAUAUAGGCUGGACCUGCACUCCUCCUCCACAGUAG